CUGGCAACUUGUAGUGCUUGUUAUGAUCUCUAGCAGCAAUGGAGUCUUUGAAGGACUUGUGCUGUAGUCUUCCAGUUGAUCCGCUCCCACCGCCGAGAGAACGUGACAAUUCUGUUCCCCAUGCGCCUGUUAGGACUGUAAAUCUUACUGCAGAUGAACGGAGGUUAGCACUGCAGAAUGCCUUGAGAUAUUUUCCACAUACAUGCCACUGUGUUCUUGCCCCAGAGUUUGCUGCAGAGUUGAGACAGUAUGGACACAUUUACAUGUAUCGGUUUAGACCUGACAUUCAAAUGAGGGCUUAUCCUAUUGAUGAAUAUCCAGCGAGGUCCAGACAAGCUGCUGCUAUUAUGCUGAUGAUAAUGAACAAUUUAGAUCCCAGA